CAAAUAAACUCACUUUAAUACUCUCUCUCUCUCUCUCUUUUCCGAUUCUAUAAAAGCAAGCCUACAAUAACCAAACCUUGCUUUAAACAUUUUAAUUAGACACAUAGAGAGAGAGAGAGAGAAUGGCUUCAAUGCUGCAAAAGAGGAUAGCAUUGCGCAGAAAGAUUCACAUCCUUCGAGCCCAUACAAUCUCCAAAUCUCUCAAACUCAAACUGGAGGCAUUCAAAAGAGAGUACUCCAACCUCAUGGCUAUCAAAAGAGAAUACCUAAAGCUAAUGAUGCAAAUCAAGAUGCCUACUAAGGAUGUGGAAGUGCAGAAGAUAGGGCAGGGAUUUCUUGUGAGGGUGAACUGUGAGAAAGGAACAGAUAGGCUGGUGACGAUCUUAGAGGCAUUUGAUGAGAUGGGUCUCAAUGUUCAGCAAGCUAGAGUUUCAUGCAGCAAUGUUUUUGCACUGGAAGCCAUUGCUGCAUCACAAGAUCAAGCUCUGGGUGUAAAAGAAGUAACUAAUGCUCUUCUAAGGACUAUUGAAAAGAAUAAUGGAGGAGAGGCGACACAUUGAUGAAGAAGAAGCUUCGACAUUGUAAUAUUGUAUCUUACUUUCCGUCAUUUUGUCUUGUGAUUUGAAGAUUUGUCACUCUCGUUAAGAAGGCCAAAAAUCGGAUUGGGAAUAUAUAAAGUAACACUAGAAGUUUGCACA